AUGACAAGUCAUCCACCUGCAAAGGCCCGAGAGAUGGAGUACCAUUCAGAACUUCGACGACAGAACAGUCCUCAUCGACUGGUAUACCCCGGAGAACGCACUGGAAGCACGCUCAACGAGCUCUACGCCGAUUUGAUGCAAUCAACCGUGGAGGGAAAGAACAAGGCUACUCUUCCACUUGAAGAUGACAACAAUGCCGUCCACGACAUUGCUGUACAUGGGCCAGUGGCAGAUGUUAAGCUACCUAGUCGGCGGCGCCGCAAUUCAAAGUCUGCUCCGCGUAAAAGGAACGAGGAUAUGGCUGGGAUGACGCUCAAUGAGCAAUAUGCUGCGAUGAUCCAAGCGGCCAUGGAAGAAAUGGAUCAGUUGGAAAUGGAUCCUGAUAACGCCAGUGAGGAGCUUCAAGAAGAGAUCCGCAGGUUUCGGGCGGAGUUUCAGGAGGUGAUGGAAUGA